GGAAAUCCCAGCACGUGGGGUGCGGAGGGUUACUCCGCAUACCUUGUCGCAUGUAGCAUACACUCAUGAGAAUCUGCACCUGGCAACGAUCCUUUCAACAUGGGGAGCCGGCAUCUAAAAUCCGGGGAAUUUCCACUUUCUGGGGUUCGAUGAACACAAGUUUUCUCUGUCCUCUGCUGAAGUGUCCAAGCAUCCAUUGGCACUUCUAAAACCCCUUCAGAUAACGCCAUGGCCGCAUUCUCUCAGUACCCUCUAUCUACGGGAUGGAGCUUCAAGGAUAGCGAUGAGCAAUCGCCUGAAGCGUGGAUGCCGGUACCUGUCGUUCCUUCCGUGGCUCACCAGGAUCUGCAAGCCAAUCAGAAGCUGAAGAAUCCAUACAUUGGUUUCAAUGAACUAGAUGCCCGAUGGGUGAAUGAAAAGUCAUGGACCUAUCGAACCGUCUUCCAGAAGCCCACCGUCGCCGCUGGCUCGUCGAUUGUCUUGGCAUUUGACGGUUUGGAUACCUUUGCCACAGUAAAGCUUGAUGGCAACGUCAUCCUGGAGAGUGACAACAUGUUCCUUGCUCACCGUGUAGAUGUGACUAAGGCGCUUGAGACGGAGGGAGACCAUGUGCUGGAAAUCAAUUUCGACUGUGCCAUGCGCAGGGCGCGAGAGCUUCGGGAGAAAGAUACCAAACAUAACUGGGCUUCUUUCAACGGCGAUCCAGCCAGAAUGGCCGUCAGAAAAGCCCAAUAUCAUUGGGGCUGGGACUGGGGUCCACUCUUGUCAACUGCAGGUAUCUGGCGGGAGGUGCGGCUUGAGGUAUACUCCGCCAGGAUCUCAGAUCUUUGGACGGAGGUGGAGCUCGCAGCGGACCACCAGACAGCCCAGAUUUCGGCUUUCGCUGAACUAGACGCUGCAGAAUCAGUUGAAUCUUACAAGGCCAGCUUCGUGCUUAGUCUCCACGGCAAGGAGGUCGCUCGCGAGGUGGCUACUCUGAAGGACAGUGUUACGAAAGUGACAUUUGACGUGAAGCAACCGUCUCUUUGGUGGCCCAACGGCUAUGGUGACCCUACCCUGUAUGAGAUUACCGUGUCCUUGGAGAAAGAAGACCAGGAGGUUCACAGCGUGUCGAAGAAGAUUGGCAUUCGAACUGCAGAACUUAUUCAGCAGCCUGACAAGCAUGGGAAGUCGUUCUUCUUCCGAAUCAAUGGGGUUGAUGUCUUCUGUGGCGGCUCAUGCUGGAUUCCGGCCGAUAAUCUCUUGCCCAGUAUUACUGCCGAGCGGUAUCGCAAAUGGAUUGAGCUGAUGGUUGCUGGCCGCCAGGUGAUGAUCAGAGUGUGGGGCGGCGGUUGCUAUGAGGAUGAUAGCUUCUAUCAAGCAUGCGACGAACUCGGAGUCUUGGUAUGGCAAGACUUCAUGUUUGGCUGUGGCAACUAUCCAACAUGGCCCGAGCUCCUGGAGUCGGUCGAGAAGGAGGCAAACUAUAACGUGCGCCGACUGCGCCAUCACCCGUCGAUUGUGGUGUAUGUUGGGAACAAUGAAGACUACCAAGUGCAAGAAAGCGCUGGUCUUGUCUACGACUACGAAGAUAAGAACCCCGAGAAUUGGCUGAAGACCGAUUUCCCAGCGCGCUACAUAUAUGAGAAGCUCCUGCCCUCUGUUGUUGAAAAGCUGUCCCCUAAAACGGUUUACCAUCCGGGGAGCCCUUGGGGUGAUGGAAAGAUCACGUCCGAUCCUACAGUGGGCGAUAUGCAUCAGUGGAAUGUAUGGCAUGGAACUCAGGAGAAGUAUCAAAUCUUCGAUACAUUAGGAGGGCGUUUCAACAGUGAGUUUGGAAUGGAGGCAUUCCCCCAUAUGUCGACAAUCGAGUAUUUCGUGGAGAAUGAAGCGGACAAAUACCCCCAGUCACAUGUUCUCGACUUCCACAACAAGGCCGAUGGACACGAGCGAAGGAUUGCUACAUAUCUUGUCGAGAACCUGAGGACAGCUACAGACUUAGAGACGUACAUUUACCUCACACAGGUUGUCCAGGCCGAAACAAUGAUGUUCGGAUACCGUGGAUGGCGUCGUCAGUGGGGUGAUGAAAGACAUUGUGGCGGUGCCCUGCUUUGGCAACUAAAUGACUGCUGGCCCACUAUCUCCUGGGCCAUCGUAGAUUAUUUCCUGCGGCCCAAACCGGCAUUCUAUGCUGUGGCACGUGUUCUGAAGCCCAUUGCUGUGGGUGUGCGGAGGGAGCAUCAUGAUUGGAGUGUGACCCACGCACAGCCGCCGAAGACGAGCAAGUACGAACUCUGGAUUGCCAGUAGCUUGCAGAAGGAAACUGUUGGCACAAUCGAGCUUAGAUUCCUUUCGGUCAAUACUGGGCUUGAUGUCCGUGCACCCAUCCUGCGUGAUAACGUCAAAAUAGUGCCGAACGGUACUACAAACAUCCUGGAAGGUGUCAUUGACCAUAAGGAGCAACCAGAGCCUCACGUGCUCGCUGCUCGACUCUGGGUGGAUGGUGAGAUUACGGCUCGCGAUGUGGAUUGGCCCCAACCGUUCAAGUACCUGGACCUGUCGGAUCGGGGCCUGGAGGUGAACAAGGUUUCAGAAUCUGGUAACGAGCAGAAGCUGCUGAUCACCGCGAAGAAACCUGUCAAGUGCCUCGUCUUUGAGGAAAGAGACGGCAUCAAAGUCAGCGACAGUGCCAUGGACAUCGUCCCGGGAGAUGGGCAAACGGUCACCAUAAUCGGGCUGAAGUCGGGUGGUGCUCCUCUAAAGUACAAGUAUCUUGGCCAGUGAUUGUCUGAUAUGACUAUGAUUGAGUGUACAGCUCUGUUACAGUAUCCAAUGACCCAAUCAUGACAUUAUGUUCAGUAUAUGCUAUGGAUUUAGAAAAAAUUUGACGGUGUCAUGGCCCAGAAAUGAUUGUAUAGAUACCUCGAGUUGAUUCAUUGAAGGCCUUGGAUCUAAGAGGUUUAUUACGCACCCACAAAUGCGCAAUAAUUGCAAAGGGCUCCACCUAAAGUGGUGCUAAUAAUCUACUGAGUAUUAGAAAAAAACACAACGCUCAGAAACUACUAUAUAUCUCUUGCACUUUGGGGAAUAAGCUCAGGUAAACUAGUACCCUCUACCCUUCUCAGCAUAGUGAAAUAAGAUCGCACCAUCAGCCAAUCAAGUAAUACCAAGCACAGAAUAUUCAAAAGCAGUCAGAUCCCCUUGGCAGAGCAAUAGUAAUGUGGGGGGAAAGAAAAAAGGGGCGACCCUCCACCAAUGCCCGAAUGCUCGGUACUGAUGGCCUCCAAGCAACCAUAUCUUAUCAGAUAAUCACCCCAAUCCGUCCUAGCCCCGAGUCCAAUGAUGACGCCCAUCCA